UACUCACGGGUAAAGUUGUUAGUAAACAAUGUUAUGUCGCCAUGGUUACGGGCUCAGUCCAGUACAGUCGUUGCUCUUAAAUCAACACAAUAGACGGGUAGAGGUGCGGCUGGAGCCAUGUCUCGACGUCGACCUCUAACAGCUGGGUCUGUCCGUUCAACUUCUGUUGUUGGAGCUCUUCGAGUUCGACCUUCCAGCCGUCCAGGAUCUGCACGAGAAUUGUUCGAGGCAUAUAAUCAGCGGAGAAAUGAAGAAGCAUGGCGGCUGGAGGAAUGGAAAAACACAGUCAAUUUCUACAAAAAAAGGGAAUGGCAAGCACAAUUUUAUAAUAUUAUAGCUCAACCAAAGAAAAAAAUUUCAGAUGAAGAGGAAUGGAGACGGAAAGAAGAAAAGGAACGUAAUUUGGAUAGGAGAAGAAUAAGACUAAAAAAUUUACUCCAAGAAGAUGAGAAAAAAUAUCAGGAAGAAAGAGAACAAAAUUACAAAGAAUCCAGAGGAAGGACAGUCCAUCAUCAUUUUGUCUAUCCUGAGGUUGAGAUGCUAAAAAGUCGCUUGGAUGAUCUGAAGAAAAAGAACCAAGAUGAGCGGAGGAAGAUGUCAGAGAGCUUGUCAUAUGAGGUUUGGAGAAAAAAUAGCCAACAAGCGAGGGAGAUGGAAUCGGACAGAUUCAAUCACUUUGUUCAAGAAGCUUGGGUCAAUCAGAGACAGUGGAAGGAGGAUGAAAAACAACGGAGGUUAGAAGAAGAUCGCAAGAAAGAAAUUGAAGCAGAAGCAAUCCAGCAGCAUCUGGAGGAAGAGGAGCAAAGAGCAGAAGAGGAGAAACUGAAGAAGCAGGCAGAGUGGAAACUUGAAUUGGAAGCUCAAGUUGAACUAAUUAAGGAACGAGAGCGACGUGAUCACACCUUAAGGGCUGAGGAGUUGACACUAGAACGAGAAAGAUUACGACUUCAUGAAAUAAAUCAGAGAAGGGAACGAAUGAAGGAGUUAAGACAACGUAAAGAACUAGAAUUAUUUUGGGCACGCCAGUAUCAGCUCAAGUUGAAGAAAAAGGCUGCAGAUAUUCAACAAGAACUAUUGGAGGAUGAGGGUAUUGUAGAGGACUUACUCAGAGGUUCUACAGAUGAAGACCCAAAUGAACAGAUGAAGCAGAGAAGAGCAGAAGCAGAAUGGAUGAAAACAGUUCUAAGGGAGCAACGUCACUUGGAAAUAAUGCGUGAAAAGGAGUACGAGUUAAUAUUCAGUGAAGAGGCAGAGAGAUUGUGGCGACAGAGACAAGCUGAGUGGGAUAAAGAGCAGAGAGCACGUGAUAAGCUAAUGGCUAAUGUCAUUAGGGGAUUACAGCAGCAGGUACAAGACAGUUUUUCAAAAAAUGUUCAUGAACGUACAUUGCUUGAUGCAGAAAAAAAACAAAUUCAACGUUCAAUUAUUGAGACACGAGACAAGAUGCAACAGCUCGAGGAACAAGAAGCUGAGAGACGACGGACACAGAGAUGUGUUUCUGCCAUGUCUCAACCUUCAACAAAGAUAAUACAAGAGGCAGCUAAUCUCAGAAGAAAUCAAGAGGAGGAGCAGCAAAAAUUAAAGGAACAUCGUCAAGAAAUUGAGCGCUUAGAACACCAAAUGCAACAACUCUGGGGCCCGCAGUAUGCUCCACCACGCUAUGGUCGCAAGAGGUUUGCAUGGUGAGCAUGCUAAUACAGUAUAUUUGACAGACUUGUAGGUACCGCUGUGAAGUGCCCUACAGAGCAAAGUUCCUGUUUAUCCAAUAGAUGGUUAUACAACAAAUGUUCAUUAUUAAUAGAUGACCAAAUUAAGACAUUUAUUUUAGUAUAGUAUUCUACCCGUAUAUUACUGAUGAAAGAUAGUUUUUGUUUAGCUAACCAGAGCGUAGUAUGCUUAUAUCAGCAUUUAUCAAAUGUGUUGCUAUAUGGCCUUAUUUUGCUAUGUUAUCAGUUAGUUAUUCAGCAAUAUAAUAUAUAUAGUAUCAAAAUACAGUAUACAGUAUCAGGCAGAUAGAUUAUAAAAAUAGAUAAUUAGGCAGAUAGAUUAAAGUAGAUUAUCAGGCAGAAUAAUAAUAUGAUGAGGUGAAAAGGUUUUUAAAAUUUUCUUGGAUUUGAUUUUUGUACUGGAAAAUAAUUAUAUUUGUAUUAUUAAAUUAAUUAGUUUGUUGUCCAAGUUGUUCCUUUUGUUUCUUGGGAUCAACACCAUAUUAAUACUGAAAAAACUCGAGACAAGUAUGUAUUAUACUCAGAUUUGUAUAUUCUUUAUGUAGCUUGUAAUUUUUUUAUUUUUUUUUUAUUUCAAAAUGUAGGUCUUGUUUACAUUAUAUAUUAUUACUAUUUAUUUGCAUAGCAUACAGUGUCACAAAAAGUAUCAAGUACUGUACCGACAAAAAUAGUCAAGACCUGUACUGGUGGAGAUUUCAUUUACAGAUGUGUGGCUACAAGAGCUGGCUUAGGAGUACAUCAUCUGUAAAUAGCCUCUACAUAAUAUAUUACAUAAUACUCAGAGGAUUAUAUUCCUAUGCUUUUUAUAGUAUACAUGUGAAUAAACUAUAAUAUAAGCAUUUAUUAUUGACAGGAAAUCUUGUGUUAUCAAGGUGUAUUGUUUCUCUGGGGUUCUCUCGGAAAUCAUGAUGCAUUACUGCAAAUAGUUUUGUAUACUGUAUAUACCUGUCUAAAAAAAAAAUUAUAGGAUAGUGAUAUUAUAGGUUAUUGUGGGACCAAUUUUAGGCAUCACCAUAUUGCUUAUGCCAAAUUUCUGUCUAUCUUUUUUAAGAGUAAAUAUACUGUACUGUAUAUACUAUUAAGUGGUUACGAAAUUUAUGGUCACACUUGGCAUGUCACAAAAGAAGAAAAAAUAUAAAAGUAAUGUGGGUAUAUAACUGGUUAUUUUCCGUUUCUUCACCGCUUUGCGUUGAACUUGCAUCGCUGAGCCGUGUUCUUUACACAUUUGUGAUUGGAAAGGGACUGUUCUUUUGAGAGUAAAGGCUUACUCAUUUGCAGCUGUUACAGUGUAGCAUAUCUUGGUGGUGUCUGGCCAACAGUGUUUGGAAACUAUUGUGCUCCAAGUACUGUUAUUUCUCUCUUAAAUCACGUUUAUUAUACUUUAAAUGUAUUAUUCUAUUUUCAUAUUCAUAAUACUUUUUCUAUAGUUUCUGAAGAAGUUUAAGCCAGUCCUUUAAUUCUUUAUUAUAUAGAGUAAAUAGCAUUAAAAAUAUGUGACUACAUGUAUGUGAUGGCUUGUAACACACAUGACAGAAUGUUACAUGUAUGUGAAAGCUUCACUGCCACAUGGGAUUUCCUUAAAACAUAGUUUACACUAACAUGUAGAAAUCCUUAACAAAUAUUUAACGGUGGAUAAAUAGUGUUCAUCUAAAACAUUUGAAAGGGCUUCUACCUUAGCAAUUUACCUUGAGGAUAGGAAAUGGUGAUAAUGUCUUUUACUUGCAUUUUUACCAAUUCUACUGUGAUCUACAAUGCAAAUAAAUUUUUUAUUUAAUAUAUGGUAUAUUUUCCAUGGUUGGAAGUUAACAAAAAGUCAUUUUGAUACCUGUAAUUUUGUUAUCAGUAAAAUAGAGUUUUAAAGAAAAAUUA